AUGGCCGGUGUGGGUGCGCAGGGGCGGCGGGCCGGGGUGGCCGCUGGCCGGUUAUGUUUCCCGAGCCGCGCCGAUGACGGGUGGGCCCUUCGUGCGUGCCGGUUCGACCAAACCGGCUCCGUGCCGGUUCAUAAUCCGACCCGAGCCCAACCACAGGUCAAACCCUUCUUCAUCCUCCGCUCCGCCGGAUCAACCAGCCCUUCCGCCGCCCUCUCCGCCGGAUCCACCAGGCACCAGCCAUUCCUCCGCUCCGCCGGCGACAUCUCCCGGCCAACACUCAUCGCUCGCCAGGCGCUGUGGGCGGGGGACUGGCGCCGGUCCCUCACCAUGACAGGAGGAGACAGCCUGCGAGGCCGCCGCCGUGACGGGCUCCAGGCCUGCCCGUCGCCGCAUCCCUCCGCAUCCGCCUCUUCCCAUCGCUCCACGCCCUCACCAACACCACCAGAGAAGGUUAAUCUUCCUGUGGAUCUGAAUGCUGCAAGCCUGAAGCUGCUUGAACAUAAUGUUACCUCUCAUUUCGGAGUAAAGCACACAACGUAGCUCCUUUACUUUGCAGGACACGAAACAGCCUGAAGCUACAAAUUGGCAUCGCUGAGCCUCAAGCUAAUGUUUGAGAAGCGCUGAAGGGUGAAAUAUGGCGGCACGUGAUCGCUUCGUUUAACAGAGCUGGCGAGUCACUGUGAUGUUUGGAUGCAAGUUAUACUCUUCAUGGUUGUUGCCUUACUUUGGGACGGAUCACACACCUCCUCUCCUUUAAUGUAAACUCAGAUUCAAAUAGUAUAAAUCUUCAAUUUGCUUAUGAACGUACACAAUUACUAGUAAACUUAUUCCUCGGACGUCA